AUGAGCUCUACCAAAUAUAUACUAUCAAAUUCCAACAAAAAUCAUAAACUAUAUUACCGGCCUAGUGAAUAUCUCCAAAAAAUAGAACCGUUUUUGUUCUGGAUUUCCAAAAAUUUAGCAGCUGAAAUCCAACAAACCUAUAUAUAUCUAAGCCCAAGAUUCUUUGCGGAUGAGAAAACCAGAUUCAAGAAAGAAGGAAUGGAGCAACUCCAAUUCGCGGAUGGAUUAGUGAAAGAAUUCCUCGUGUACAGAGGAUUCACCAGCACACUGCAAGCCUUCGAGAAAGACUUAGCAACUGAUAUUGUUGGCAAAGGAUUUCAAGUCGACGACAUUAUGAACCUAAUUUUCGGCGUCUACGUCCCCCAAUAUGAGGCUGCCAAGUUGAUCGAUCUGCUAAUCUUUUUCAGCACUUUCACAAAUUCGGAUCAGAAAUGGAUUGAUAUUGCUGCGAAAUUGCAGCAGUCAGUCUUGCGUUAUUACGUUGUUUAUUGCUUGAAACAUGAGAAGAGAGACGCAGUGCUGGAGCUGUUCGAGUAUCAUGGGAAAGGUCUCGCGCGGACUGAUCCGAGUUGGUGUAAUUGGUUCUCGCUUCCCUAUUUGCCGAAUCCGCAUUUGGAUUCACGGUUUAACGACUUCUUUUCGGAUGAGUGGUUCCAAACGUUGUACAUUUCUCUUAGGACUUUCUUGAGGAUAAUGCUCACUGGACCUCAUAUCCUUAAUCAAUAGAUUGAAUGCAGCUAGUAGUUCUUGACUUUCAAUGUAGCAAUGCUAUGUAAAUAACUGCUUCUGUGUUGUAAUUGUAAACAAUAGGCAUACCAGCUUUGCUUCUGGUUCAUUGCAAUAAGAGGCUUUGAAAUGAUUGAUGUGUAUAUGCAUGUAUUCAAGUUAUAUGUUAUGUUUCCUUUCUUUUCUUGUCUUUGUCAUUGAUUUGGGGAGUCAAUUAUUUGAAUUGGUAGUGUCUACAACUAAUUAAUAUAUGUGUUUUUUCUGAGCUUAUCCACGUACCCCUGCCUUAUUGAAUAUAGUUUCUGAAAGGGACACUGUGAAGCAGCUGCAACAAGAGAUACAGCAUCUUUCUCUCAAGUUAUCUCAAGCUCAGACUUCGUUGAAGGAAAAGGAGGCACAAUCCAGUUCUGGUUCGAACGACCCUGCUGUUGACAGUAGAAGUAAUGAUGAUAGCCAAAGCUUUAAAGAAGUCUCUGUUACAGUAUAUGGACCUUUGAUUCAUCAGCACCGACAUCAAGAAAUGCAACCAUCCACUGUGGAACUGAGACCAUGUCUCUUGAGUGGGAUUGCAGGUCCAAUAAUUUGCUACUCAUGGGCACUUCUGAUGGAUGCAUAAAAGCAUGGAAUGCAGAUGCUAAGCGGUUUGUUUGUGAUCUAAAGUCUUCAAAAGCAUAUCCGAGUAUUUUGGACCUGAAAUGCAGUCCCGUGUAGCCUAUUUUGGUUUCUGCAGCAGCGUCUGGGAGGCAAGUUUCUGGUAGUUCUGAAUCUUCUGAUAGCUUGGGUUUUGCCUCAUUGACUGUAUGGGACUUGAAGUCUUGGAAAGCUGUGGCUGUCCUUCCUCUAGGAAAAGAUCCACCAGCAAUAACCUCUUUGAGCUUCAAUCGCAGUGGAAGGCUUUUAGCAGCAGCUGGAACAGGUGGAUCGAUUCAUAUGUUUGGUAUCCUUACUCUAUAUCUUGUAAAGAACAUUUGUUUCUUAGUCUUUUACACGUAUGAUAGCAAGUUUAUAACAUGUAGUACCAAAUACAUUCCUUUACUGAGAGAAGAUAUGUCUUCUUGCAAACAACUUGUUGGAUGGACUGCACAUAGGUAUGCUUGAUUAGUUCUUGAUGUACUAUACUACUAAUAUCUGAGGUUUUUCAGUGACAUAGUCGGAGUCGGUAAUAUUCAAGGUUGCCUUGCUUUGUAAAACAUCUUGGUUAUUGAAAUGUAUAUGACCAUUGCCUCA